AUGAAAAAACCAACGAAUUCCGCCGUCGCUGCCGGUAUUACGCUGUCGUCAGCGCCAUCACUGACCACCACUCAAUUAGUCCAAUCAGAACCUCAACAAUCAGGAUUGCAACCAACAAUUUCGCCGGAAUCGGUCGUUGCCAAUCUCCGCAAACUCUCCGACGCCCUUUUCGCGUUCCAACAAUGCUUGAGUGAUGUAGAACAAAGCAUUGAUUCCGCCCGGAGCUCAAUUGACUCCGCUAUGGCACUAAUGUUCAUUCCGCCAUCACUCCCAAUUCCCGAGCCAGAACCCGAACCGAAACCCGAACCCGAACCAUCUUGCGAGUCUGAUCCCUCUGAGGUUGAAAAUGAAUAUGAAGAUGACGUGAACGAUGCUGAAGUUGCAGUGACAGCGACGGUAGCGGCAGCGCCGGCGGCGGCGGUGGAGGAGGAAGAUGAGGAGCAGGAGAAGGACGAAAAGAACGAGGAGGACGAAGUGAAAUCGGUUCCUCGUUCAGAGUUGGAAACAUUGUGCCAAACGAUGAAUGUAGUUGGUUUGAAGAAUUACAUGCUAACGCAUCUAUCAGAUAUAGAUGCAUUGCGUGAACAAGUUCCUAAAGCAUUGAAGCUCUCGACGAAUCCAGGAAGGCUUGUAUUGGAAUGCGUCAACAAAGGGAGGGAGGGGUGUGUUAAUAGCUCAAGGGGACUGGUUAAUUUAUUGGUUUUAGAAUGCUUCUUGUUGAUGAUAGGAGAGGCCAAGGACGAGGGACGAGUAGUUAAGUUUAAUAAAAGGGUGAGAAAAGAGGCGAAGCAAGCAGCAUUAGAAUGGCGGGAAAGGAUGAUAUCACAAGGAGGUGUAGCAAAGGCUCUUGAAAUGGAUGCUCGGGGUUUGCUGUUGUUAAUUGGGUGUUUCGGGAUUCCAAAAGAAUUUUUGGAUCGGGAUGUUAGGCAUUUGGUUAAUGGAAGUGGCGCUAGGGGGAUUGCUGGUGUCCUUAGGAGAUCAAGUGAUCUAGUGGAAAAGAUUCCGAAAAUAAUAGAGUGGAUGUUGAAGAACAAUAUAGUAGUUGGGGCUGUUGAUAUUGCCUAUAUUUUUGGAAUGGAGGACAGAUUUGAUCCUCGUGGAAUCUUGUCAUCGUUUUUACAUAACUCUGAAUUGUCAUAUUUGAACAGCAGUAAGGGACUUGAACAAGGUGGUGUUGUACGUGCAGCUAAAAAGAAGCAUUUGUCUGAUCUGAAAUCUGUCAGAGAAUGUUUGGAACGUCACAACAUUGAUCCUUCCAAACUCCUUCCUGGGUGGCAAAUCGAUGUGAGAAUAAUGAACCUGGAGAAACAUAUUGCUGAAUUGAAUAUGCAUAUAGGUGAGAAAGAACUUACUGAAUUGACUAGGCAUGUAGGUGAUCAGAAGAUGGCACAAAAGAGAAAAAUUGAUGAGACUGAGUCCUCUGGUAGUUUCAGCAACAAAGAAAUGAAACCGUCACAUUUUCCAAAUCCAAAUCCAUGGCCGCCUCUACAACAACAUAGAGUUGUUAAUCAUGUUGUUGUUGAUGGUGGCAACAACACCUUGUUAGAACGUAGGGGAACUGCUGGCCACAUUUAUAAUUGUUCUCUGCCCCCCUCUGUAUUGCAUGGAACUGUUGCAGGCUCGAUACAUGAAAAUGCUGUCGGCUCAAUGGCAGGACCUGUAGGAGGUGUUGUGGCCGUGGAUGGAGCUGGAGCAGGUAAUCAUACACCGGGUCAAAUAAGAAUUCAUUCCAGUCAGUUACAUGGUCCGCGUGGUGAUGCAGCCGUGCAUGACAGACUGGCGUCCCACACCUAUGCUUAUACGCCGUCAUCCUACAUUGAAGGAUCUAUGGCGUUGCCAAACACCAUACCCAGCGAUGCUUAUAGGCUUGUACCAUUCCUGGAAGGCGCUACAGGGUUGCCUAACACCAGACCCGUUGAUUGUUAUAGGCCAACACCAUACAUGGAAGGCUCUGUGGGGUUACCAAACACCAAAGCUGGUGACACUUACAGGCCUCCACCAUACUCAGUUUCUACAGGGUUGCCGAACACCAUACUAGUUUCUACAGGGUUGCCGAACACCAUACCUGCACCAUACCAGUUUGCUGAUACUGCUCCAGCAACUGAACUACACCAAAGCAGUGGCGCGCGAGUAGUUGAUACUGUUCCAUCUGCUGCCCUUGCUCAUCCUUCAUCCUCCAUGUACUGGAAGAGAUAG